AAGGUUGCUGUUGUGCAUCAUCUGGUCGACAAGUCUUCGAAUCAUUGCCUCCAUCUUUCGUAGGUGGACAUCGGUUGUAGGUGCACGAGGCUCAAUUCUUGUAACCAUCUCUUGUAACAUUUCUGGACCGGCUACGCUGUCCUCGCUCAUCAGUGCAUGGCUCGUCAGAAUGUCUGUUUCCACACUCUCUGGUAUAUCUGCAUUCCAAGCACUAUAAAGGCUAUUCCAGGUGGCCGUGUUCGCAUCGAUCCCACCAUUGGAGUUGAGAGGCUCGAAUGGUCUGCGUUGAGCAUAAGAGUACUUAUUGAUUCGCCCAUCCGAAUUGAGUGUACCUGACUUUCGCACGGGAUCUAGCUCAGGCUCCGUCGCGUUUUCGUGUUUAGUUGCUGGCCUUGCAGCACUUUCAGGGUUCAACUCAUUCUUGAGCCCAUCUACGACCUGAUGCCAAUUCGUGACUUCAUUAUCCACUUGGUCUUUCAUCGAAGGCUCCGGUAUAUUGGUGACAGGCUUCCCAGCUUUGACAUCUGCAAUCGCCUGAUCCCAAGCCUUCAAUCUUUCCUCCUUCACCCGGGCAUCUGCGAGAGCAGCCGUGGCUAGAAUUGAGGAGUAACAUGCCGUAAUGAAUUCGCCUGCGGUGGGCUUACGCCUUCGUAUUCCUGCGGUGGUGGUUCUUCGACCGAUGGCUAUGGUAGAGUGUAGACAGGAGCUGCAAUGACAGGAUGACCUGAUCUGCGCAGUGCGAGACCAAAGGCUUUGCAUAUUAGACGCAUGUUGGACCUAUGGGAGUUUGCCUAAUCAAACGUCGCGCUACUCAAUUGCGUAGCAUAUCAAAUGGCAAUUGCAUGUGACGGAGGCGUAGGCAUUUUGGAAGUUCGAGGUUGAUGUUGAAGUUGAUGUGGGAUGGGUGAUGGGAGCGAUUUGAAUUUCAAAAGUAUUUCGUGCUGCUUUAGAAGCCCGCAAUCGAGGAGCCCCUCCAAAUUGUCCCCUCCCGCCAUCUCAUCACUUGGAUACCUACCUAUACACUCGCACAACAACACCAAAUCUGAGCAAGCAGACCGCAUCUAUGUUGACUCUUACUCUUACUGCCGAACUCAACGGGUUUGUAAUCAACUUAUCUAUGUAUGGUAAAUACGUGCUGACCAGGAACCUCCACAUAGCGUCACAGAUCUAAGACCUGACGAUAGCGAGGAAAAUCCAUUCUGGUACACUUUCAAAGUUCAAUGUACCUCUUGCAGAGAGAUACAUCCAAACUUCGUCUCUGUCAGUAGAUUUGUAAGUUGUAUGAAAGGCUAUAUGACAGACAGAAACUGAUCAAAGCAUAGGAAACAAAUGAGAUGAGCGGCAGCAGAGGAGAGGCGAAUUUCGUUUGGAAGUGCAAAUCAUGCAAGGUAUUUCACUUAAUAAACUUCAAAUCAUGUAAGACUAAAUACUGACUCAUGAAAUUUUCAGAGAGAAUCUUCUGCGACUAUCAAAAUCCCACCAAUUCCAUACGAGCAAGCUUCGCCACCAACACGGCAAAAGAUCAUUGAAUUUGAUUGCCGUGGACUUGAGUUUACAGAAUUUAAGCCAGAGGUAAGCCCACUUCAUAGUUGUAAUUUCGAUUAGCUGUAAUGUUCUAAUGAAUUACCUAGGGAGAAUGGUUGGCAACUGGUCUUGAGUCAAAUAGCAAAUUUACCGCUAUUGAACUUGAUGACGGAGAGUGGUUUGAUUAUGACGAGAAAGCAGGCGAUGAAGUCAGUAUCAAAGAACUGAAAUGGGAAAUUCGGAGGAAUUGAUGAGUGGUAUGGGAUUUGGAGAAUUGAAGUAGAAUGAUUUCCAUGUCUUAUGAUGAAGUCCAUGACAAUAAGCAGAAUAUAAAGAAAUUCAAACGUGAAUAUCACAACCGCAAAA